CUUCCGCAUGACACCAACGGCGCGCCGUCGCUCGCGCGCGCACACCCCCAGUCAAUCAGCAUCACAAACGCACCUCGCCCCGCCCCCUCCACGCCGCGUCUCGGGAAGAAGACUACAAGUCCCAGAGGGCCCCUCGCGCAUCUCGCCACGUGUUUUCUACACCCGCCAAUGGGUGGAAGCGCCGCGUGAGCCUGCUCCCGCCCCCCCGGCGCGCUCGAGCCAAUUGGAGGGGGUGGUGUGUGUGCGAGGGCAAGUGGGGAGGGGGACUCGGCUCAGGACCGGGAGGGCCUGCUAGCAGGUCCCGGGGUCCUGGUGGCGGCCGGAGCGCUUGGUCCGCAGGCAGCGGGCGGGUGGUUCCCCCUCCCGCCCCAGCCCCACGCGCGCGCGCCCCGGCCCCUCCCUCCCUGCCACCCUCCUCGGCUCCCGCGCGCCGGCGGCGGUUCCUCCCCUCCCCCCAGCCCUGGCUCCGGGGGACCCCGCGAUGCCGGUCCGCACCGAGUGUCCCCCGCCGGCCGGUGCCUCGGCCGCCUCCGCGGCCUCGCUCAUCCCGCCGCCGCCCAUCAACACCCAGCAGCCCGGCGUGGCCACCAGCCUGCUUUACAGCGGCUCCAAGUUCCGCGGCCACCAGAAGAGCAAGGGGAACUCGUACGACGUAGAGGUGGUGCUGCAGCACGUGGACACUGGGAACUCUUACCUUUGUGGGUACCUGAAGAUUAAAGGCCUUACUGAGGAGUAUCCAACCCUUACAACCUUCUUUGAAGGAGAAAUAAUCAGCAAAAAACACCCUUUCUUAACUCGAAAGUGGGAUGCGGAUGAAGAUGUUGACCGGAAGCACUGGGGCAAGUUUCUGGCUUUUUAUCAGUAUGCAAAAUCAUUUAAUUCAGAUGAUUUUGAUUAUGAAGAGCUGAAGAAUGGGGAUUAUGUCUUCAUGAGAUGGAAGGAACAGUUCCUGGUCCCAGACCACACGAUCAAAGACAUCAGCGGUGCUUCCUUUGCCGGGUUCUACUACAUCUGCUUCCAGAAGUCGGCAGCCUCCAUAGAGGGCUACUAUUACCAUAGGAGUUCAGAAUGGUAUCAGUCGCUCAAUCUAACUCAUGUUCCUGAACACAGCGCACCCAUCUAUGAAUUCCGGUGACAGCGGCUCAGAACAGCAACCAAAUAAAACUGAACUUGGCAAAAAAGAGCUUUGCCAAGAAAAUUGUGUACCUGCCAGAACCAGGAGAACGUGUGUUCCUGUUUCUUCACGAGCAGACUUGCAUCAGAAAGCAUGAAUGUUAACCCACAGAAUCCAAGGAGCAUGGCCGACCAGCAGGGCAUGGGGGGAGCGGCCUCCGUUCUUCCUCCCUCUCUGUGGCAGUUUGAUCUUAACCUGUUUUUAAGCUACCUUAAAUGCACUUUUCCUUCCUGCACAGCUAACUUCUGUAUCACUGAAAUGCCCACUCCUCCCUCCAUCCCUGCCUCCGGCCGAGGAGAAGGUCCGCCCCCUGGUCACCCUUGGUCUUGGUGCUCGGGGUUCCCGCCCAGGCUCCCCGGCUUCCCCAGUGGCUCAGUCUGGUAGCUCAAGAGAAGGCAGAGCCCCAGCACGUGUGUGCCCCCAGAGCUCUGUGCAGGGAGUUGGCGAGCUGCAGCAGCUUCCGCCAGUGAAACGUGAGGUGGAGGCUCAUUGCUGAACAGGGUCAGCUGGAGCUGCCCAGCCCUGUGAUGUUCACGCCAAGCUAGUCAGCGGCUGGCAGGUUCCCUGGCCUGCCAUCGGGGAUCACCAAAUGUAAGGCUUCCAGAUCCCUGGCAGGAACAGAUUCCAGUCAUGCUUACUCAGCACGUUUGCUCCAAACUUUUGAACUUGAGGGCAAUACUAAACUUAAAAAAAAAAAAGAGAGUUUUUUUAUUACAAAAUUAUUUUUAUGGUCCCUUUAACAAGGACCCUAUGGCAAAUGCACAAUUAUUCAGAAUUACAUUUUAUCGUUUUCACAUUGAAAACAGCAAAUGUUGACUUAGUAAUUUUUAUAUCUAUAUCUAUAUGUAAAUGUAUAUUUAAUCAACCAGCAGUUUGAAACUAGUCGUCCUGGUACAAAAGUUUUGCAGCAUUGCGUAAAUUAUAGUGCUAAACAUGAGAACUGUUUUUGGGGCCAGUUUAGCAUUUGUACCUCCUCCUUUUGCUACUCAAAACAGCAGUGCUUCAUGGCGACCUUUUCCAUCAGGCAGAAGGGGCCGUUCUCCUAAGAUGGCGACUCUGGAAUGUUGGGACGGGAGGGGUGGGAACAUGAACACGUCAGUAACUCAAGGCUCACGUGCCAAAGUGUGUGUGUGUGGUUUUGUUUUUGUUUUAU